AUGGACRAAAGCGGGCGUGGAAGGGGCUACGUGGAUGAUUCCGCGGCUGCCGGAGCCGGGCGAGAGGUCCGCUACCGGGGGGUCCGGCAGCGGCCGUGGGGGAAAUUCGCGGCGGAGAUUCGCGACUCUAGACGGCAAGGAGCACGCAUGUGGCUYGGAACAUUCAACACGGCGGAAGAAGCCGCACGUGCUUACGAUCGAGCAGCGUACAGCAUGAGGGGUCAUUUGGCCAUUCUAAACUUCCCCAAUGAAUACCCUCUCACCAGCACCGGCGGCGGCGGCGGCGGAGGAUUUUCUUCUUCCGGUACUGCGUCUUCUUCUUCCAUGUCAAUGCGGCAGAAUAAUGAAGUGAUCGAAUUUGAGUACUUGGAUGAUAAAGUGCUGGAGGAUCUUCUUGAUUAUGGACAAGAAGACGAAAAGAGCAACUAA